ACAGCGGGGGUAGACUCAGAAGGUUAAUCCGGCAGCAGAAUCCGCUGCAACAUCUGUACCGUCUCCCUGCAGGAGGACACGUGUCUGUUGUGCACGCACAGCGCUUUUCUUUCGAAUUCUUGACCGGAAGUGGCUCUUCUAUACGGACCGCUGUCAGAUAAGUUAGAUGUAGUUUGUGCGGCGAGGUGGAUUCAUUUUACAUUCGCGUUUCAGUCCGUACGUUAUUUUCCAUCAAACUACUCGGGCUCAUUCCAGUCAACAUUCGUGGUAUUUGGCCCGGUCGGUCAGCUAACUCUGUAACGUUUCCGUUAGCUCUGUUGACACAACAGGAACGAUCCUCGCUAACUUAGCAGUGAAGUUAACAUUAGCAGCGUCGAUCAAAUAACGGACUACACAGUUAGCUAACGCCAGCUGCCCAACACUUAAGCCAGGAGCCAGUGAUUAAAGACUGACAAUAUAGUUAAUUUUUUUGUCCUCUCGGGAGAUCGUUUAGUUGGCGUUUUGUUUAGCUCGCUCGAUGUUUUGCCACGGUAACCGUUAGCAACGUUUUAGUGAGGCUAGCUGAGCUAAGUUACCGUUCAGAGAAGGGGGGGAAAAAAUCAUCGCAGCGUCUUUUCAAAGUUGACGUUUCCCGUUGUGAUGAAAUAGCUGGCGGAUAAUAAAGCUGAUAUGGUGUCUGCGAUACCAUUGCACCUGCCAAGUUGAACAACGGACAGCGAGACACCUGAUCCAGCAUGAAGGCCCUCGGAUCCAGAUUCUCCUUUUAUGCGGGUUUUGUGGUGGGGACCUUCACACUGUACGUGUUUCUGCGGCAGGUGUGGUUUGAGAGGACUUUGACAGCUCAGCGGGCCAGCACCUUAAACAAACUUCAUGACCACCAGGAACAGCUUGAGGAAGACAGGGAGAUAUGGAAAAAGGAGAGGUCUGCUCUUUUCAACCUGAAGCACCCUCAUCAUACAGGUGAGGAUAGCCGCAUGGCUGAUGAACUCUACAAAAAGGUACGCAUUCUCUGCUGGGUGAUGACUGGACCUAACAACCUGGAGAAGAAGGCUCGACAUGUGAAGUCCACAUGGAGUCGUCACUGCAACGUUGUGGUCUUCAUGAGCUCUGUGGAGGACCCCGACUUCCCCACUGUGGGAUUGGGUACAAAGGAAGGUCGGGAUCAGCUGUAUUGGAAAACAAUCCGGGCCUUCCAUUAUGCUUACGAACAUCACGGCCAUGAGGCAGAUUGGUUCCUCAAGGCGGAUGACGACACCUAUGUAAUUGUGGACAACCUGCGGUGGGUUCUUGCGAACCACACGCCGGACGAGCCGAUUUACUUUGGCCGAAGAUUCAAGCCCUACACCAAGCAGGGCUACAUGAGUGGCGGAGCGGGUUAUGUGCUCAGCAAAGAGGCUCUGCGGCGAUUUGUAGAAGGGUUUAAAAACAAACAGUGCACUCACACUACCUCAGUAGAGGACCUGGCAAUGGGGCAGUGCAUGGAGAAAGUAGGGGUGCUGGCAGGAGACUCCAGAGACACUGCGCUCAGGGAGACAUUUCACCCCUUUGUCCCUGAGCAGCACCUCACUGCCAAGUUCCCCAAGAGCUUCUGGUACUGGAGCUACUGCUACUACCCCAUCUCAGAGGGUCCAAACUGCUGCUCUGACGUGUCGGUGUCUUUCCACUACGUAGAUGCUUCACACAUGUAUUUAUUGGAAUACUACACCUAUCACCUGCGUGCCUUUGGCUACAGAUACCGUUACCAGCCCCCCGUCCCGCUGGGCUACAGUAUUGAACAGUUAGGUUCCUGGGACGCUGCAGAAGGACAAAAAGAGCCAGCUUCUCAGGUGAAAGGACAAGGAGAGGGGCAUGAUCUAUCCAGGACUGAGAAGAGACAGGAUGCAGAUCCCCCUCCCGCAGCUGCUAAAGACUCUCCUGUUUCAUCGUUGGAGAAACAAUAGUAGGAUUGUGUGAGUGUGUGAAGGGAUCUGUCAUUAUGGGGACUGUGUGUUUUCAGUGUUUGCGUUUCCUUCUGAUAAUCUUGGCUCAUAUUUCUACAGAAGUAGAAAAAAGAAAAAACUCGGAUUUGAAGUUUCUCCACAUACAAGUACUUUGCUUGAGGAUUCUCGAGCUGAAGGACUGCUACUAAUGUGAACUGUGACUGAUCAUCAGGUUAAAGGAUGAUUUAUGACUUUUACCCUUAUUUUUCAAGUUUGUUAGGUUUUUUUUUUUUUUUUUUUUUUAACACAACUGAGUGUCUUCUUUAAAAGUUGAGAACAGCUUUCUUUAGGCUGUACUCACCUGAAAACUAACUAAAGCACCUUUUUAGUCCAUAUCAUCCAAGAAGUAUUUUCCAGAGCCAGUUAAAAUUUUAUUUAGGCAAUGUUUUUUUUUUUUUUUUUCAAAACUUGUUGUGCCACUCUCUUCAUCUUGACUUCAUUUCACACAUAGAGAACUAUGUGCCUGCUGAAGAGACCCAAUUAAGUGUCUUGAGCUGAUCACACAAAUGCCAGAUUUAAAAAAAACACACACACAACAAAAAAAAGUGUGAAAGACACCAGUAUGCACUGCUUGUAGAUUCAAAUCUGAAGGGGCCACAAGCUGGUGAGGUGUAGGGCUGCUUAAUUAUUUUCUGAUGAUUAAACUAGAUCAUAUUAAAUAGAAGUGCCUCACCUUCAGUCAAACACACCCUGUUUAUAGAUGAUAAUAGUAUUUGUUCUGAGAAUACUGUGGUUAACCAGUUCCUGUGUUGCAGUUUGCUUACUCCCAAAAUUGAUUCAGGCUUUAUCUAAAAAUAUUUUCCCUUACACACCAUUUAAAGUGUAAUGUUAUGUUCAUGUUCUGUGUGGGAAGAAAUCCUUUUUAUUUGGUUUUAUGUUGCAGUGACAUUAUUAGAGUCACAUUUUAUUUGUAUUCAACUCUAAGAAGAUUUAACUGAGAAAAUAAUGUCUCAAAUAAGUUUUAUUUAAUUAUUUGUGCUGCAACUUACAGUUAUUUUCUUUACCAUUGCAUCUACUGAUUAUUUUCUCAACUGACGAUUAUUUUGUUCUAUAAAAAAUAUAAAAUAAUUUAAAUGUAAAAUACCUGUUACAGUAUCCUAAUGCCCAAGGUGAUCCCAAAAUGCCCAAAAUGAUCAACUUACUUUCAGGUAGGACAAAGAAAAAAAGGCUUUAACAGUUAAUGGAUUAUUACAAUAGUCGCACAUUCAUUUUCUGUUGAUUGACUAGUCGAUUAAUAACAAAUGACAUUGUGAAAGUGAAGGAAGUUUUCUGUGAAAGUAAGUAAGAAAGUGUUUUGUCCCAUAGAUGAUGAACAGUUCUUAUCCCAACAUUCAGAUGGUUACGAUCUUCCAGUCCUAAUCAAGCAUCAGUUAAAUGGAAUAAUUUAAAAUAUGCAUUAAAACAAAAAAAGUUAUUUUCAUAUGAAAGUAUUGAGUGACAUGAGACUAGAUUGAGGAGAAGUCUUGGAGUUAAUGCAGUGAAUGUUGGCGUUUCUCUAUAGUUUUUAUAAUUAAUAUAUGUUUGGUUAUUACAAACAUUUACCUGACAUAGGAUCUGUUCUAGAUGGUUUGACACACCUUUAGCCGGAGAAGGACGUAGCCAGUCAAACACCUUUCUUUCUCUGGAAUGUGACUCCACACCCCAAACCAUCUUUGGCACAUAAUCUUCUCUUUGUUCUUCCUGAAGCUGGCCCUGGAUACAUACACUUCACAUUUCCCUGGAACGUCCUCCAGUGGACUCAUUAGCUUGUGCCUUGUAAAUUGAGAUUGUAUGAGCCAACAGCUGCACACACGACUUUGCACUGUGACAUUACUAUAUUGAGAGUGAUGCUUUCAGAUGGAGCUAAAUUUUAUUUAAUCCUUCCAAUGUAAUAAUGAGUAUGGCCUUUGGGCAAGCCAGCCGAUGACUUGUUCAUGACAGUGUUUGUUUUUUUUUUUUUUUUUUUUGAAUGAGCAAGAUUGUUUUCUUUAAUACAAUUGUAGUUUAAAAAAUGUUGUGUAUUUUCUAAAGCCUGGAAUUAGAACAUAUUGUGUAUUUAAAAUUAUUCCUAAGGAUUUCUUUACUAAUUUGUAACCAAACAAUGAAUUCAUUUUAACGGGAGAUACAGUUAUUACCAAAUACAGACAAUAGCUUCGGGAGUCAGACAGCAUCCAGUGACGAUUCAAACGGAACAGAUUUUUCGUUCAUGUGAAAUUUCAGUGCACCUUUGAGUGUUGUAAUUGCUAUUUUUCUUUUUAACCACUUAAACCUUUUAUUCUCCUCCAAGGUUAAAAAAAUAUAUGAGGUAACUAAUGCCUGUCAGAAUGCCUUUUACUAAGUGUUUAUACUCAGUUUCCUUCUGUACAUGAGCACAGAGCAUGUUCAGUUUUGUGUUUUGUAUUUGAAAUGGAAAAGUCCAGUUUAAACCAAAUCUGCAUGUUUUACACCGCAGUUUAUUUUGUAAUGACUGCGCACCUUUGUUUUCAAGUGAAAUAACAGUCUUUGGACGUUAAAGUAGCAAAGGACUUAACCACUGUUGUCACGUUACCUUCAGUGGAGCAAACUUCGGCGGGCCCAAACACCUUGUUGAUAACUUCAACAUAUCCAGUCCUUGACAAUCUUCUCCAACAUUCAAAUUUUAUUCAAGGGAAAGGUGUACAUUACUGUAUUUAUAUUUGAGAUGUAUUUAUGUUGGUAUUGAUGUCUGAUUUGAGUCAGUAUUCCUUAGUGUGUAAAUGGGUUUGUGUGGGUGUGUGAGCACACGUGAUCAGUGCGCAGGAUUGUUUUCUGCGAGCGGUACUUUAAUCACUAUAAAUAAAUGCAUAUUUUAUUGUA